GGCGAGAUGCUGGGGAGUGCGCCAGUCGGUCGCCGUCGCGCCUGCAUCCCGGAUCUGCGGACUUGCACUCUUCGCUGUGUGUGAGACCGGGUGCUUGUCAGUGUGCCCUGGACAUUUGCACAGUUCCAACUGCUUUCCUGCUCUGUCAGCCUGCUGUGCCCUUUCUACGUAUUGCGUAAAAGAGUAGCAAGUCGCCCUCGAAAGGCGGCGACGAGUGCUUGGAAACACCGGCGGAGGUCCCUCGCAGAGGAAUGACGUCAAGAGACUGUUCUGCCGCGGCGGCGGGCGGAUCUUGAGUUGCGGCCGUCUCAUGGUGUAGCAUGUCCUUGCUGCGGGGCGCGCAUCGACCUUAUAGCCAUUUGGACGACGAGGACGACCUCGUCCGGUACACGGACACACAGCAGGACUCACGCAACUCGCCAACUGCAAGUGCCGCGCCCGCGUCUCGGCUUGUGGACCACGCCCAGCGUUCGCGUCGUCACUACUGGUCUACCUCUGGAGCAGCAGGGUCUCAGCAAGGCAGGUGCAGCCCGAAGAUGUGCGUUCUCGUAGCGGUCACUACGCUUGUGACACUAACAGUACUGGUCACUGUGGCAGCGGGGGUGAUUGCAACGACGGUCAGCCCAUCUAGCAGCAGUGCCAGCACCGCGUCAACUGGUGACGCGUCCGGGACCACGUCCGUUUGGUCGUCAGGCGGCUCCGGCAGGUCGCUGGAAGACGUGGUGCGUGCGCGGACACCCGGCUGUGGAGAGAUUGCAGGAGUCAUCGAGGACGGCGCGUUUGUUUUCAAGGCGCUGCGUUACGCCGAGGCCCCCGUGGGCGAGCGCCGGUGGCGCAAGCCGCAGCCGAGCACCGCCCAGUCAUGCGUGGCCGGCCGACGGGCCGAGCACUUUGGCUCGGCGUGCCUGCAGGCCAACCCGGUCACCAAGAAGUUCGAAGGGUCCGAAGACUGCCUCUUCCUCAACGUGUGGACGCCACGCAUCGACCCUACGGCCAGUAUGGAUGUGCUAGUCUGGAUUCACGGCGGAUUCCUGCAGCUGGGUUCAGGCCACCAACCGGGACUGAGUCCUUCGGGGCGCCUGGCGAAGGUCACCAACGCUGUGCUCGUCAGCUUCAAUUACCGCCUCGGGCCAUUGGGCUUCCUCGCCCUGGCCGCGCUGGGAAACGAAGUCAACCAUGGUCUGUGGGAUGCGGCGUUGGCUCUCACGUGGGUCCGCGACAACAUUCGUUCCCUCGGAGGGGACCCUGAGAAGGUGACUGUGGUGGGAGCGGAUGCCGGUGCCUCGCUCGCGUUAGCGAUUUUGGCAGCGGGACCCCAAGCUGGCUGGGACCGCCUCUUCCGAGCAGCCUGGCUUGAUGGCCCGUCGUCAGUACUCAACAGAACGUACGCACAGGUUGCCAAGCACAACAAGGCAUUUUUCCAGCAGCGUUCGGGCUGUUCGAAUGCCACAUGCCUGCGAGCACUGAGCGGCCAUGACGUCAUCAAAGCCCAUUUGGGUAAAGACGACCCAUCCUUCAGGAUCAGGGACCAGAACGACCUGCCCAUUCAAGGGAUAUUUCCAGAGCAGUUUCUCGUCGUAGACGGAACAUUACUCACGAAGCCCCCGCUGGAAAUGAUCGAAGGAAAUUCCAAGUGCGACAUUCCCAUCUUAAUCGGGUCAUCGUCUCAAGCAGUCGACAUAUGGCCGGGGCCAGACGACUUAAGCCACUGGUCUUGGAAUCAGUACAAGAAAUACGUCACUACAAGUCUUGACAGCUUUGGUUCUGGCAUCACACAGAUGGCGCUUCAGCUGUACAACUUCACCAAUGCCACAGAUCCGGGAAAUACGCCAGAGUUGGUGUACACUACAAUGGUGACCGACCUUCGGGUUGCCUGUCCACUGGCGAACAUGGCCUCCAACUUGGCGACGGCGUUCCAGUCCCCCGUCUACCGAUACGUGUCCGAAAUCCGCCCGUCCAAGCCGGUGAACAUAUUGGGUCACGAGGCGCCGUACAGCCUCCACCCCUGGACGCUCGCGGCGUUCUUUGGACUUCAGGGCCACUUUCUGGGAGAAGGCGACGGUGAUGGCACCCCACAAGAAGAACCCGACCUGGCUCUUCGCGACGUUGUCCGAGAAAUGGCACUGCGAUUUGUGCGCUCGGCUGGCCGGUCAGUGCCCGUGGCAGACUGGAUGAGGUAUCCGAAGACUGUAGCCCUGCUUCGAGGGGCUAAUGCCACGUGGGAGGUAGUGCCGACCACCUCGUACAAGAAGACUGAGUGCAAAUUCUGGACCUCCGAGGGACUGACCCAGUACGCGUGGAUAAGCUAAGCGUUCCGAGA